CCAACCUUUGCUGCAAAAAUGGCCACAGCUGGUAAGGUCAUCAAAUGCAAGGCAGCAGUGGCCUGGGAGCCCAACAAGCCUUUGGUGAUAGAGGAGAUUGAGGUAGCUCCACCCCAGGCCAACGAGGUCCGCAUCAAGAUUGUGGCAGCCGGGUUGUGCCACACGGACCUGUCUCAUCUCUUUGAGACUAUGCCCAAGGAGAGCUUCCCAAUAGUCCUCGGCCAUGAGGGAGCCGGCAUUGUGGAGAGUGUUGGGCAUAGAGUCACUGAAUUUCAACCAGGAGACAAGGUGAUUCCUCUGGUUAUGUCCCAGUGUAGAGAAUGCCGCUUCUGUAGGAAUCCCAAAACUAACCUUUGUGAAAAAGGAUGGGCAAGUGAUCGUUUCACAGAGAUGGCAUUAACAGACUCCAGAUUAAGCUGUAAGGGGAAGAAGGUGCUGCAGUUCAUAGAAACCAGUACCUUCUCUGAGUACACUGUGAUUAACCAGAUGGCCGUGGCUAAGAUUGAUCCAGCUGCCCCUCUGGACAAAGUCUGUCUCCUUGGCUGUGGGGUCCCCACAGGAUAUGGAGCAGCAGUUAAUGCUGCUAAGGUAAAACCAGGCUCCACAUGUGCUGUGUUCGGCCUGGGAGCUGUGGGUUUGGCUGCAGUCAUGGGCUGCAAAGCUGCAGGAGCCAAGAGGAUUAUUGCUGUUGACAUCAAUCCAGAGAAGUUUGAGAAAGCCAAGGUCUUCGGUGCGACCGACUUUGUGAACCCCAGGGAUCACAGUAGACCCAUCAACGAAGUGCUGUCUGAGAUGACGAAUGGAGGAGUGGACUACUCCAUAGAAUGUGUCGGGGAUGUGAAAGUCAUGCGAAGUGCCUUGGAGUCUUGUGUGAAAGGCUGGGGUGUCAGCGUAAUUCUUGGUGCAGUACUCAUGCACGACUUCUCUGCAAAACCCAUUCAACUCUUGACUGGACGAACAUGGAAAGGUUGCCUGUUUGGAGGAUAUAAGCCUAAGGAUGGUGUGCCUCAGUUGGUUAAAGCCUACCUGGACAAAAAAGUGAAGCUGGAUGAGCUCAUCACUCACAACAUGCCUUUGGACAAGAUCAAUGAUGCCAUUGAACUGAUGAAGCAUGGCAAAUGCAUCCGGACAGUUCUAAGUGUUUCUCCACAUGAAGACCAUUACGGUGCUUUCAGUGAACCCCAAAUCAUUUAAAUCAGCUGAUAGUUAAAUGGAAGAAUUUCUUAAAGAGUAAUACAAUUAAUCUAUUGAUAUAGUGCACAAUAGGAAAGUUGAAGAAAAAUAAGGAGUCUUUGGCAUGAGCUAUACAGAAAUGUCCCCUUAAUGGAGUCUAUACAGAGGUGGUUAUGAAGGGGUGAAAAGCAAUGGCUAAAGAUCUGAAUGGAUGAGAUGAGAAACAUAGGAAUGCGAACUGGGAAGACUGGUUGUGAUAAAGAUCAGAGAUUAAUGGUGGGGUAGUUUGUAGCAUGAAACUGAUAGCUGAAACAAGAUAUUUGGAAGU